CUAAAAAUACAGAACAGCUGUUAGCUGUUAUAAAAAAUAAAUAAUAGUAAUUAUAAAUUUAAAAUAGUUUAAUUACACAAACAUUAAUUAUUUACCAUGGAGAGACUGAACGAUGAUUGCGUGUGCAACAUACUGGAGUUCCUUCCCCUCGUGGAGCAGAUUAAGAUGGCCCGGCUGGCGCCGCGGUUCCAGGAGCUUCUCUGCCUGAUUGUGUGGCGUAAACCGCGCUACCGUAAGGUUUCCGUAUCCGACUCCAUUCUGGAGCCCCUCAGCAAGGAGGACUACGUCUAUUUCUUCGAACUUACGAGCCCCGCAAUGGAGGAACUGUAUAUUUGGAACGUGCACAAGAAGGCCUUCGAUUCGUACUUGGGUCGCCAUCUGAUGAGACCCGAUUUGGCCUUUUACCUGCGCAGGGACUACAGCAAUCUCCGGGAGCUCUGCAUCGCGGACGAGAGCAUGAACAACAGCAUGAUCCACACGAUAGCCAAGAGCUGUCGCCAGCUGCGCAGCCUGAGCGUUUCCAGUGCCUACGUUACGGGGAAACAUAUCACUGGAUUGACCCAUCUGGAGACUCUGGUGGCGCCCGAAUGCUCUGUGGAACUGUCCUACCUGGUAGAGCUGCUGGAACAGCUCCCCCUGAAGCACCUGGACCUCACCUCAAACCGGCAUCCCGUGGAGGCGACCAUUCUGCAGACGAAGGGCAGCAAACGACUGGAGCGCCUCGGUCUUUCCGAUGCCCAGGACUACGGCUUCCCGCUGGCCGAUAGCCUGCCUCACCUGACAACGUUGGUCGUCAGCUACCACAAGGUUAGCCCCCAGGAUCAACUGGACAUGCUGGAGUCGACGCGUCAACGGGUAGAACGAUCCGAGCGGAAGUUUCCCAAGCGCCUGCAAUCGAUCUUGUGCAAUAAGGUGGAUGUGGAGGUGGCCCUCGAGCAGAUUGCAGGCCUUGAGAAACGCCAUCCGAGGGACACGCCAAAGUUUAAUGAACUACUAAAAAUAAUGUAUUUCUUGUCGAAUCCGCAGGACGGAGAUAAGAAAUCACCUUGAAAAAGCAGGCGAUCUUCGCCAGACCUGCCCCCCAUGUUUGCCCUUGUAAAUACAUAAAUAAGUACUAGACGUCACCAAAGUGACAAGUGGAACUGAUAUGUUUAUCUGCUACUAGCUGAUCCCUAGUGUAAUUAUGUGUCUACGGAGAUAAGGCCUGUUUGCUGGGGUCUAUUAUGUUUACCAAUGAGAUUUCGGCGCCAAUUUCAUACAUUUUGAUCAGUUUUAAAAGCUUAACCAAAUUAAUUUACUUUACCUUUAACGAGGGUAGUAUUUAUAAAUAUAGUAUUGCUCUUCCUAGUAAAUAUAAUUUGUUAUUCCUAACCCUUUGCUAACCUGUGUAUAUAUUGCAAAAAAAUACUUGAACUGUUUCUGAAUAACGUGUUAUCGCAUUCUACAAACAUAUUUAAAAUAUUUUUGUUUAUCGUGGAUGUGUUAAUGUAGCACCGUCAUAAAUACUUAUAUUUUUCUUCUAAAGAAUUUUGUUCGUAUCCGGCAGCUCUCUUUGAAAUACUGUUUAAUUUUAAAUGGUAAAUGUAUUUAUUAAGACAAUAAGAAGCAAAGGGUAAUAAAAUGAAA